CUCAUUUCGAUUCCCAUUAGUCAGCGGCGAUCUCUACCAAAAUAAUGCAAACUGUGAAUGGCAUAUCACUGUCUCCACAAACAAGACCAUCAUGUUGUCCUUCAAUUCUUUCGACAUAGAAUACGACAUGGACUGUAAUUAUGACUUUCUGCAAAUCAAUGAUGGUCCGUCUGAAUCAUCUCCUCUCAUUGGACGAUUUUGUGGAACCCAGUCACCCAUUGAUGGCAGGCGAUUCAGCAGCACGGAUAACCAGCUAUAUUUCUUGUUCUCUAGUGAUGUUUAUGAGGCUGGAAAGGGGUUUGAAUUGUUUUGGAAGACUUCAGAUCCUGAUGAUUUCCUUCACAAGUUUUGAGGUAGAAGAUGGGGGCUCCAACUGCACACAUGAUUUUCUACAAAUCAACGACGGGCCAUCUGUAUCAUCACCUCUCAUUGGAAGAUUCUGUGGGAACCAUCCACCCAUUAAUAUCAGCGGCACCAAUAAUCAACUCUAUUUGUGGUUCAGCUCUGAUUCAACUGAUGUUAGAAAGGGAUUUGAGGUGACUUAUACAGCAACAGACAUUCCAACAAUAUCACCUACAACGAAUGAGACUGAAACAGACAUUGUGACAACUCAUCCUCUUGCAACAAGUGAAAGCAUCAGCACAGUUAUAACCACAGAAGAAACCACCGCAACAGAAGAAACAACUACAGAAUAUAAUACCAUAGCGACUCCAGAAAGCACCAUAGAAAGUGAACGGGUGACUUCAGCAACAGAUAUGCCGGUCUCAACACAAACUGUAGAAAUUAUAAGUACAACACAAAGUACAAUCAAAACUGAGGAAACCACACCUAUCACUUUAAAAAACAAUACAAUAUCUGACACCACAAUCGCAUCAACAAAAUAUAUCACCACACCAUCUGACCAAACCACCAUGGAAACUGUACCAGUAACUACAACGACUGACUAUCCGACUUCAACACAAACUGUUAAAACCACAGAGUCGAAUAUAUGCGGUAGAACCACGUGUCCAUCUGGUAGAUUUGGCAGUAACUGCGCCAAACGUGGAUAUGCGUUUUCAAGUGUCAUCAGACUGAAUGGAACCUAUUCAAGAACGUUGCAGGAAAAAACAUCCGCUGAAUAUAGAGGGUUCGAAGACAAAUUCCUGUGCACGGCUAGUGAAGGAUAUAAACGCAGCAGUCUUGGACAACGGUUUCGAGUAUUCCUGAAGAUUGAGAAUGUAACAAGUGGAUCUGUCUUGGUAGCCUUUUCUCUGACUCUAGAUCCAUUGUCGACAGGUGGUGCUAGUGAUCCUGCAACAGUUGAUUUUGUAAAGGCGUCAUUUAAUGUAACAGCUGCAAACCAAUAUGGUUUACUUAACUACACAGGACCGCCUGAAUUAGUGAAAGAUUACAACGAGUGCACAACUAAAGUCUCCAACGAUUGCCAUGCAAAUGCUACGUGCUUAAACCAGGUUGGAUCAUACACGUGCGUAUGCCAAAAUGGGUUUAUGGAUGAAAGCGAUGACUCUGCGUUACGUGGGAGGAUAUGUAAAGAUCAAGUUGGGCUCAAUAGGCUGUCGAUUGUUGUCAUCAUAGUUGGAAGUGUCCUUAUUGUUGGAAUUAUCGCAGUCACCAUCAUAGUGAUAAUGAACAGGAAUUAAAGGAAAAACAAUUCAAUGCCAUGGAAUGUGUUAAUAACAAUGUUAAAAUGGUUAUUGUUCACACAUACUUAUUUGUAAUAGCGUUCUCAAUAUGAAAUACACCGAAAAGGAUAUCUGUAUGUGGUAUUGUAUUCGGAUACAACGGUUGUCUACAAAUAAUGUGAAUAUAGUUCGGGAUUAGCAUGAAUAUAUAUUUACCAAACCACGUUUGAACGUUAAAAUAAAAAUAUGAACAAUUUUUUUUUAUUGUGU